AUGGGAUCCUUACUUUUAGUAUUGUCUUAUGUUUCCCUUCACUUGUUCUUAUUGCUACUUACUCAUUUUACAUCCAACACUUUCUCACUAUGCAAUCCUCAUGAGACCUCUGCAUUGAUAGAGUUUAAGAAUUCAUUUUUUGUCAACACAUCCUCUAAACCCGAGGAUACUUGGUUGCUCAAAUGUUUCUCUUUUUCUUUUGAGUUAGAAUCUUGGACAAAUAACAAAGAUUGUUGCGAGUGGGAUGGUGUCACCUGUGACAACGUGUCCGAUUACGUGAUUGGUCUUGAUCUUAGUUGCAACAAUUUAAAAGGUAAAUUACAUCCCAAUAGCACUAUCUUCCAACUUAGACACCUUCAACAACUCAACUUGGCUUUUAAUGAUUUUUCUAUGUCUUCAUUGCAUGUUGGUGUUAGUGAUCUAGUUAAUCUCAUGUAUCUAAAUCUAUCACACUGUAAUCUCAGAGGUAAUAUUCCUUCCACAAUCUCUCAUUUGUCAAAAUUAGUAUCACUUGAUCUUAGCUAUAGCUUCUUGAAACUCAAUCCAUUCACAUGGAAGAAACUCAUUCAUAAUGCUACCAAUUUAAAGCAGCUUUAUCUAGAUAGUGUGGAUAUGAGCUCAAUCAGAGAGAGAGAGAACUCUUUGUCAGUGCUAAAAAAUGUGUCAUCCUCUUUAAUUUCUCUUAUCCUAAGAGACACCGGGUUGCGAGGAUAUUUGUCAAGUCACAUCCUCUCUCUACCUAAUCUUCAAAAACUAGAUUUAUCAGGUAAUCAAUAUCUUAGCGGUCAACUUCCAAAGUCCAACUGGAGCACUCCUCUAAGGUACUUGAUUCUAUAUAACACUUCUUUCUUUGGUGAAAUUCCUUAUUCCAUAGGUCAGUUGAAGUCUCUUACUCUCUUAGACUUAUCAAGGAGCAUUUUUAACGGAACGGUUCCUCCAUCUUUGUGGAACCUCACUCAACUCACACUAUUGGACCUUUCUUACAACAAUCUUGAAGGUGAGAUCCCAGAUGUUUUUGAAAGAUUAAUCAAAUUAGAAUAUUUAUAUCUUUCCAAUAACAGCUUAGUAGGCCAAGUUCCAUUAUCUCUUUUUCAUUUACCCCGUCUUUAUUUUUUAACUUUAUCGUCUAAUAAAUUUGUCGGCCCAAUCCCAAUUGAAAUCACAAAACAUUCAAAAUUGAAGUAUGUAGAUUUAAGUGAAAACAUGUUAAAUGGAACAAUUCCACGUUGGUGUUAUUAUUUGCCUUUCUUGAUAGAGUUGAACCUCAAGGACAACCACCUCACAGGAUUUAUUGACGACUUCUCAACUUAUUCUUUGAGAUAUUUGUUUCUCUCUAACAACAACUUCCAUGGUCAUUUUCCAAAUUCAAUAUUUGAACUAAGUCUUACUUACUUAGAUUUGUCAUCAACAAACUUGAGUGGUGUUGUGCAUUUUCACCAAUUUUCAACGUUUAAAAAUCUAAUUCUCCUCGAUCUUUCGCACAAUAGUGCUCUUUCUAUCAACAUUGAUGGCAAAGCUCAAACUAUCUCCCCUAACCUUAAAUAUUUAUUUUUAUCAUCAACUAAUAUUAAUAAUUUUCCUAAAUUCUUACCACCAUUACCAAAUCUGAAAAUAUUAGAUCUCUCUAAUAACAACAUUCAUGGAAAAAUUCCUAAAUGGUUUCGAAAGCAUCUCUUAAACUCAUGGAAGAACAUUAUACUCAUUGAUCUCAGUUUCAACAAGUUGCAAGGAGAUCUUCCAAUUCCACCCUAUGGCAUUCUAUUUUUUUUACUCUCAAAUAACAACUUCACAGGAGACAUUGCUUUGUCUUUGUGCAAUGCAAGUUCCUUGAAGGUGCUCAAUUUGGCUCGCAACAAUUUAACAGGCACAAUACCACAAUGCAUUGGAACAUUUCCUUCUCUUUUUGUAUUGGAUAUGCAAAAGAACAACCUCUAUGGAAGCAUUCCUACAAAUUUUUCAAAAAUAAAUCAAUUUGAGACUAUAAAGUUGAAUGACAAUCAAUUGGAUGGACAUCUACCACGCUCUUUGGCUCAUUGCACAAAACUUAAAAUUUUAGACCUUGGAAACAACAACAUAGAUGAUACAUUUCCAAUGUUGCUUGAAACUCUAUCAGAGUUGCAAGUACUUAGUUUGCGAUCAAAUAAAUUUCAUGGUACAAUCACCUAUACUAACAUCAAGCAUUCAUUUCCUAAGUUGAGAAUAUUUGACAUAUCUGAUAACUAUUUUAGUGGACCCUUACCAAUAUCACUCCUCAAGAACUUUCAAGGAAUGAUGAAUGUGAGUUACAAUAAAAUUGGAUUGCAAUACAUGGGUAACAGCGAUUACUAUAAUGAUUCUGUUGUGGUCAUAGUGAAAGGUUUUUCUAUGGAGCUGACGAGGAUAUUGACUACUUUCACAACAAUUGAUUUAUCAAACAACAUGUUUGAAGGAGAAAUUCCUCAUGUCAUUGGAGAAUUAGUUUCUCUCAAAGGUCUCAACCUUUCAAACAAUGAAAUCACAGGUAAUAUUCCUCGAUCUUUGAGUAAUUUGAGAAAUUUGGAGUGGCUGGAUCUCUCAAGGAACCAAUUGAGAGGUGAGAUUCCGAUAGCUUUGACGAAUUUGAAUUUCCUCUCUUUCUUAAACCUUUCACAAAACCACCUUGAGGGAAUGGUACCUAAAGGUAAACAGUUUGAUACAUUUGAAAAUAGUUCCUAUGAUGGAAAUGCCAUGUUAUGUGGGUUCCCGUUGUCUAAAUCAUGCAAAAAUGAUGAAGAUCAGCCACCACAUUCAACUUCUGAAGAUGAACAGGAAUCAGGAUUUGGAUGGAAAUCAGUAGUAACAGGAUACGCGUGUGGGCUAUUAUCUGGGCUGCUCUUUGGAUAUAAUGUGUUCUUCAUUGGAAAACCUGUACGGCUUGUAAGAUUCUUUGAACAUAUGUUUAACGUAAGACUGAAGAGAACACACAAUAGAAUGAAUUAA